UACAAGUCCUUCUGUCCUAUAAAAUCUUGCUGAAAUCAGCUUUGAACUGUGUAAUUAAUGGUAGAAUCCUGGGUAAAAGUUUGUAAACGAGGAAUUUAGAUAGAAGUUUUUGACUCCAUCUGUUUGAUAUCAAGGGGUGAACAUUCAUUUGCUCAAUUGUAUAGCUACUGGGGACAAUCAUUUUUGGCUUUAUGGUCAUCCCCUGACCUCUUUAUCUUUCUCUCCAAGAACUUCUCUCUCAUUCUUUCCAAUGGAGACCGAACCUUUCCUUCAUAAACACUUCCUCUGCUAUGAUCUUUACAAAAAACAAGAGGCAUGUUGUUAUAAAUGCAGUCAGCAAAUUGAUGGUCGCGCCUAUUCUUGUGAAAACUGCAAGUUUUGGUUGCACAAAUCAUGUGCAGAACAAGAGCUGCCUCCUCAGCUUUCACACCCUCUCCACCCCCAACACCAUCUUUCUCUAUUCUGUGAUGAUUCUGAGAAAUUCGUUUGUGAUCAAUGUUUCUACAUUUCUGGAGGCUAUAGGUACAGUUGUAAAGGUUGCUCCUUCAACCUUGAUUUGAACUGUGCUUCUUCAACUAAGGGUCAGCUCCACCAGGAAGAUUAUGGCCAGGGAUCUAAAAUUAGGCAGAGAAAAAGAAUUCACCAUUUCAGCCAUGAGCAUCCUCUAGACCUUUUCAACUAUAGGAAGAUUGGGAAAACUGAGAUCCGUUGCUCUUGGUGUGAGAAGACUCUAUCUGCAGGUUCAGGUAUGUCAUGGGGUUGUCUUGAACUGUGCAAGAAUGCUACCUUUUUCCACCAAUCUUGUUUUAGUAAGAUACCCAAAAGAGUGCAACACCCUUUCCAUCCAUCACACUCACUUGGCUUGCAAUAUAAGAAUUAUUCUUCCACUUGCAAUGCUUGUAAAGGUGAACUCGAGGAUUAUCCUUGUCAAAACUAUUAUUGCAACAAGUGCAACUUCUGGCUUCAUGUUUUUUGCAUUAGACUCCUACCUACUAUGAAACAUAACUGCCAUGAGCAUGACCUUACAUAUUUUAUAGUGAAAAAUAAGGAAGAUUUCAAGUGUAAUCUCUGUGAUGGGAAUUGCAAUGCCGCAGCCGAAUGGAGUAUUCUGAAGCCCUCUAGUUGGUUUUAUGGGAAAAGUGAUUGUGCUUUCUACCGCUGUGUGCAAUGUGAUUUGAACUUCCAUCUCAAUUGUAUUCCAAUACCAAGAACCACUAAACAUCGAUAUCAUACACAUUCUCUUAUCCUUAAGGAUUCAUUUAAAGAAGAUGAUUCUGGAGAGUCUUACUGUGAUAUCUGCGAAGAAGAAAGAAAUUCAGAAAAUCAUGUAUAUUAUUGUGAAAAAUGCACAUAUAUUGCUCAUAUUGAAUGUGCUAUAAAUGAGGUAAGGCCAAGUUCUUUAUUCUCUUUCAACAUAUGUUUUGCUAUUAGGGGAGAGUCGUGUAACCAGCCCUUUAUUAAAUGUUUGCCUCAGGAAAAUUCAAAAGAACUGUUGCCCCCGAGGCAUCAGUUUAUAGAUAUGAAACUUGAUCUUGGGAAGACCUCUGGCAUGGCUGUGGAACAGGAAGAGAUGGAACAAGUUGAAACUAGGCAAAGCCAUGUUGAAUAUCCUGCCCUUUCUGAGCCAACUGAAACAAAUGGUAGCAUCCAUAAUGGCCAAUUUAAGAGGCAAAUUCAACAUUUCACCCACCAUCAUCCUCUAAGCUUUCUUGAGAUAAUUGAAAAGCAUGCUUGUUGUGAUGCUUGCAAGAUGGGAAUUCUGGGUCCAGCCUAUGUCUGUGAGUCUGACGAAUAUUACCUGCACCAAACAUGUGCUGAAUUGUUCCAGGACAUGCAACACCCUCUUCACUCCCAGCAUCCUCUCAAGCUUCUUACUACAUGUCCUACUGAUCAGGGAAGAUUUAUAUGUGAUGAAUGUGGAGACAUUUCAAAAGGCUUUGUUUACUUCUGUUGGGAGUGUGAAUUCAAGCUUGACCUAAAAUGUGCUGCUCCGACUACCUCUCAAAACGAGGGCCAAAGGCUAAAACAGACAAAAAGAGACUCCAAGAAGUCUCAUUUCAGCCAUGAGCAUAUGCUGGUCUUUACAAAUUGCAGGCCGUACUUUAAAAAGUUCCAAUGCAAUGGCUGCAACCUACCUAUCGUAGGUGCAGCCUUUUGCUGCCUUGCUUGUUCUUAUAUUCUUCAUGAAUCUUGUCUUGCAUUACCAAAGCAGAUGAAAUUUCAAUUUCAUCCGGAACACCCUUUGGUUGCCAAAUUAACCCAGUUCUUUGAGAUUUUUAAUCGUUGUCAUGCCUGCGGAACAGGAUUCAGGUGGACUAACAUCAGGUAUAGUUGCUCUGAAUGUUCCCUAGACCUCCAUUUUUCAUGUGCUAAUUCCUUGAAGCGGCCCUUAAAACACAAGUCCCACAUACAUAAUCUUUACUAUUUUGGGACAGAAAGUCAGAAGCUCUUUGAAAAUGAGAACAUUAGCUUUUCAUGUAAUACAUGCAGCAAAACCUGUGUAGGGCCUUCCUACCGUUGUUUGGAGUGUGCUAUCAAUUUUCAUUUGGAAUGUAUACCAAUACCUCAACGUGUUAAAUCUGAUUGUCAUAUCCAUCCCUUCACUCUUGUGGAUUCAUUUGUAGAAGAUGACUCAGGAGAAUAUUAUUGUGAUGUUUGUGAAGAAGAAAGGCAUUCGAAGGAUCAUAUAUAUUUCUGUGAAGAAUGUAAUGGAUUGUUUGUUGCUCACAUAGAAUGCGCGCUUGCUAAGGUGGAGGAACCCGCACCAGAAAUAGAGGCCUGUUCAACUAUGGAACCAGACCUGAAGAAGACCUCUAUCCAGGUAGAGAGCAAGACAUCCCUAGGGAGAGAAACAGAGGAAAUGGAAUCAAGAGAAGAACAAAGGUAGACAGGGCUGCUGGAUAAAUUUUACGUCUAUCUUCCAUGGAGGAACUAUCAACACUGAAGAAAAAAGAUUGCAUAAUUUCAAGCUAACAUAAAUGGUCAUUUUCCAUAUGAUUUUAGUUCAUACCUUAAUCAAACAGCAUAGUUGCCCUUUCCUUCUCUCUGUUUAAUAAAUCCAAAGGGAUCCUUAUCCUCUCCUCUCA